UCUUUCCAACAAUUAUUACGGUCACAGCAUAUAAAGGUGGCCGCUUGUUAAAGUUGUAUGUUGGUAUUCAUCGUUUGAAAAGUUACAAACUUCAAGAUGCAAAACACCAACGCAACCUCAGGAAGACCUCCUUUUCCAUCUCCUGGGAAUUCUAUGCGAUUUAAUUCUCCUACAUACCCUCGCCCAGCAUUCAAUCAAAUUCAAAACUCGCCGAGCUCUACAUCUUCUCCAAGUCCCGCAAUGAUUGCACAAAGGCCCAAUAUGAUAGGGAAUCCUACAUCCACUAAUGCCUAUACUGGUCAGCCUGUUAGACCAGGUGGACCAGGAAUGAGUCCCCAAACGGUAGGACCAGGGAAAAGGCCAGGUGAUAUGCGAGCACCAAAUCAAGCAGGGAAAAUGGAAUAUGGUCCUAACAAUGCAAAGAAGAAGAAAAAACUUGCAGACAAAAUAUUGCCACAAAAAGUAAGAGAUUUGGUUCCUGAAUCUCAAGCAUAUAUGGACCUUUUGGCCUUUGAAAGAAAACUAGAUGCAACUAUUAUGAGGAAACGUCUAGAUAUUCAGGAGGCUUUGAAAAGACCCAUGAAACAAAAGCGAAAGUUACGUAUUUUCAUCUCAAACACAUUUUAUCCAGCUAGAGAAGUUGAAACUACUGAUGAUGUUGGUGGAGGAAGUGGAGUGGCCUCUUGGGAACUUAGAGUUGAAGGACGACUUCUGGAUGAUGCUUCCAAAUCAGACCCUAACAAAGUUAAAAGAAAGUUCUCCUCUUUUUUCAAAUCACUGGUUAUUGAACUAGACAAAGACUUGUAUGGGCCUGAUAAUCACCUAGUAGAAUGGCAUCGAACAUCUACUACCCAGGAAACAGAUGGUUUCCAAGUAAAAAGACCAGGAGAUCGAAAUGUUAGAUGUACCAUCCUGCUAUUGCUCGAUUAUCAACCUUUGCAAUUUCGUCUUGAUUCACGUUUGGCCCGGCUUCUCGGUAUUCACACACAAACAAGACCAAUGGUGAUAUCUGCAUUGUGGCAAUACAUCAAGACUCAUAAACUUCAGGAUCAUCAAGAAAGAGAAUUUAUACGCUGUGACAAAUAUAUGGAACAGAUAUUUGGAUGCCCUAGAAUGAAAUUUGCUGAAAUCCCACAAAGGUUGAACCCCCUCUUGCAUCCUCCUGAUCCCAUCGUCAUCAACCAUUUAAUAAGCAGUGUGGAAAGUGCUGAUCAAAAAAAGACGGCAUGCUACGACAUCGACGUUGAAGUGGAUGAUACACUUAAAGCUCAGAUGAAUAACUUUUUGCUUUCCACUGCUAGCCAGCAAGAAAUUCAGAGUUUAGACAACAAGAUACAUGAAACUGUAGAAAGCAUUAAUCAACUGAAAAUCAGUAGAGAGUUUUUCCUUGGUUUUGCCAGAGAUCCUCAGCAGUUUAUAAACAAGUGGCUUGUUUCCCAAACAAGAGAUUUAAAGACCAUGACGGACAUUGUUGGAAAUCCAGAGGAAGAAAGACGCGGAGAAUUUUACGAGCAAAGCUGGACACAAGAAGCAGUUUGCCGAUAUUUUUAUAGUAAAGUACAGCAAAAACGUGCUGAAUUGGAACAAGCCUUGGGCAUUCGCAACAACUAGAAAGCAUUAAAAUCAUAAUUUCCAUUAGAUUUGCGCUAACCAGAUCAAGCUGGUGACCAAUUGACAGAGAAGAAAAGGAAAUAGAAGGAAUUCUGCAUUAUGCCGUGAAGGCGGGUAUAUGAUAAGAAACCUUAUUUUCCGCGAAUGUCGUGCAUUCUUAACUUUCGGUCUAAUACAUUGAUGUCUCAUACAUUAA